AUGCCCGUCUCCGAUGGCGCUUCCUCAAUCAAUGUUGCGGUUCGAGUUCGACCCUUCACUAUUCGAGAGGCAGCGCAGAUCGCCAAAACCGAUGACGGGCCUCUCUUUCUCGGCGAUGGGUCGCUGGCUGGUGCCCCAACCCCGAAGCUCAAUCAGAAAGGGAUUCGCUCCAUUGUCAAGGUGAUUGACGACCGAUGCCUGGUAUUCGAUCCCCCAGAGGACAACCCCGUCCAGAAGUUCUCCAGGAGUGUCGUACCCAACGGCAAGCGAGUCAAGGACCAGACAUUUGCCUUCGAUCGCAUUUUCGACCAAAAUGCCUCUCAGGGAGAGGUAUACGAAUCCACCACUCGCUCUCUUCUCGACAAUGUCCUCGAUGGCUACAAUGCCACUGUCUUCGCAUAUGGUGCGACUGGUUGCGGAAAGACACACACAAUUACCGGUACAGCACAGCAACCCGGAAUUAUUUUCAUGACCAUGCAAGAACUAUUUGAGCGAAUCGACGAGCGAUCUAACGAGAAGAGCACCGAAAUUUCCCUCUCAUACCUCGAAAUCUACAACGAAACCAUCCGUGACUUGCUUGUUCCCGGGGUGUCUAAGGGUGGUCUCAUGCUUCGCGAAGACGUGAACCAGGCGGUUUCGGUGGCUGGGCUCUCUAGCCACCACCCUCAAAAUGUACAGGAAGUCAUGGAUAUGAUUGUACGCGGCAACGAAUGCCGUACUAUGUCCCCAACAGAGGCGAAUGCCACCUCCUCCCGAUCCCACGCGGUUCUUCAGAUCAAUGUUGCUCAAAAGGAUAGAAAUGCGGACGUGAAUGAGCCCACCACCAUGGCUACUCUCAGUAUCAUUGAUCUUGCGGGAAGUGAACGUGCGAGUGCGACUAAGAACAGAGGCGAACGGCUACUCGAAGGUGCCAACAUCAACAAGUCUCUCCUUGCCUUGGGCAGCUGUAUCAACGCCCUCUGUGAUCCUCGGAAGCGCAACCACAUCCCUUAUCGCAAUUCCAAACUCACUCGACUUCUCAAAUUUGCUCUUGGCGGAAACUGCAAGACUGUGAUGAUUGUCUGCGUGAGUCCAUCAAGCCAGCACUUUGACGAGACACAGAACACGUUGCGAUAUGCAAACCGAGCCAAGAACAUUCAAACCAAGGUUACUCGCAAUGUUUUCAAUGUUAACCGACACGUCAAGGACUUCUUGGUCAAGAUUGACGAACAAAUGAAGAUGAUCACUGAGCUCAAAGCACAGCAGAAGGAUGCGGAGCAGCUAGCCUUCGCCAAGUUCAAGAAACAGACUGAGAAGAAGGAUGCUGUUGUACGUGAAGCUGUCGCUCGUAUUCGCAAUGCUUACGAGCACACUCUUCCGGAACGACAGGAGAAGACUAGCAAUAUGCUCAAGUUGAGACAAAUCAGCCGCCGUAUAGGGAUCUUGUCGUCUUGGAUCGCCGCUUUCGAUAACGUCUGCGCUUCGCGAGAUGGCGAGGAGGACUUGGUCAACCUAUGGCGGAUUCGAAAGACAGCGCAAGGCAUCUUGCUCGAACUUGAAGACAGCCGACACCAUUAUAAUCAGCGGUUGUCGAAGAACACCUGGGACCGAGCGAUGAAUUCGGCAGUUGAGAACGCGACCAAGCAAUUACGAGAGUUCGAAAUCAGUGACAACAGCGACUUCGCCAACCUGGACCGUGAGGCUGAGGUGUUACGGUCAAAUGCAGAGCGUGAGGCCUUAUCCGCGGUUGUGGAUCAGGACAAGGCUGGCGAGGCAGUUGCUGUGCAGGUUCUCUUGCAGGCCCAAUUUGAGUUGAUGGCAUCCAUCGAGGAUAUCAUGGAACUCAACGCAUCCGAAGCCAUCAGAAAGGGUCGCGUUAUACUCACCAAGAUGCUGGAUAGCUGCGAAACAACAGUAUCCAGCCUUGUCAAACCGGAUGCACCGCCCUCUCCUACCAAAGGCUCUCCACGGCGCCGAAAGGCUGCUGCUGGUCGGAAGAGCGUCAGCUUCACGCCAAAGAAAACACAGGCGAAGGCUGUCAAACGAUCAGUCCGCUGGAAGGAUGACGAAGAAGAUGGCACCCUAACGGAAUGGCAGAAGACCCCUCAAAAGACUGUCGAUUCUGCCGAUGAAGUUAGUAGCUUCGAAGAGCCGACACUACCCCGGGGGGCGUCACCAAUCCCGCGAAACAUUCCACGGAUAUCUACUUCAUCAGGCUCAACUUCACCACCGCCCGCACCCUCUGAAGAGCCCUUAAAUAUCCCGAAGAAUAGUGGCCGCUUCAAGGCAGGGUUCUUGUCAAAGCGAGCAGGCAGCUCUCCUUUGGCACCGCCGCCUACGACGAGUCUACCUAUCUCCUCAGACAACGAGAACUCUCCACUUCGAGACAUUGAAGGAAGCAGCUUCCUAAACCGAGCCUCCGCGGAUCGGCCAUCACGAAUUGCCGUCCGCAGCCCGAGCGCAACCUUUUCAAGCAGCCCAGCAUCCGAGAACAAGGAAUGGAAAUCCGAUAAGGAAGAUGCUCUUCAGAUCAAUUCGGCCAUGCGUCGCAUCUCCACUUCGCACUUUGGUCCUUCGUCCAGCAAUUCUCUGCGAGUCCAUCGCCGCCGCAGCCCCACCUCGAAUACAUAUGGCAGUUCCCCUAAUGAUGGCAACAUGUUCACCGCAUCCCAAGCACGCCGUAUGGUCAAGAGUGAUAAGGAACUCGAAGGCAAGCACCGCGUCCUGAGCCCUCACACUUUACCUGUGAUGAAGAACACCGGUCGGCGCACCACCUUGGGAGGUGAAAUUCGACCUCGACACGCAAGCCUCUCAGGCCGAGACGCUCUUCGUCUCAGCGCAAUUGCUGCACCUCCAAUAGACCGAAGCCAGGACUUCUCCUCUGUCGGUCUGCGGUAG